UUGGCCAUGGACCAAUCAGACCGGCUCGCUUGGACCUUACUUGAAGUUCGUUCGUAUCAAUUGAAUUCAUUCAUCCUCCCCGCCUUAGAACUUCGCUUGGACCUGACUGAGAUCUAGCUGGGGUCGCUAAGCAUUGGAAUUCCCCGCCUUGAACGGGGAAUAUGGGUUAUCUGGACCAUGGGAACCGUUCCCAGCGUGUAUCUUGGUGGAGCUCUAGAUAGCGACUGCUGCGAUGGCGGACAUCGGAACAGCUGUGCACGAUGUAUAAAGGCUGCCCGCCAGAAAGGACUAUGGGAAGGAUCCCAGCUGCAUUCAGUAAUUGAAGUUGAUUGACCCGGCCAUGGCGUCUACGCAAGCUGCUUCUCAUGAAGGGGAUAUCGAGGGAGGUGAUCGCAAAUAUCCCUACAGCGAUGGAGAGCCUAAGCAUGCACCUGUCACUGCUGAUGAGGCGAUUGAGAUCGCAAUCGGUGAGACCAAUGUCGAAUAUACGGUGGAAUCCGACAAUUCACCCUACCUGGAAGUGCGCGCGAACGUACCAAACACGGAUGAUCCUAGCAUUCCCGUCAACACUGUCCGCAUGUGGUUCCUGGGGGUAGUCUUUACAUUGGUCGGAACCGGAAUCAAUCAGUUCUUUUCCAUGCGAUAUCCUAGCGUCACGAUAACUUCAUUGGUAGCACAGCUGGUCAGCUACCCUGUCGGUUGUAUGCUGGCGAAGUCCCUCCCUCUGAAGACUUUCCGUCUUUUCGGGCGUUGGAAUUUCGUGUUGAACCCAGACCAUCACUUCAACAUCAAAGAGCAUGCUGUCAUCACUAUCAUGUCGAAUCUGAGCUUCGGCCAAUCAUGGGCAAGCGCAAUUAUUCAAGCGCAAAAGGUCUACUUGCACAUGUCCACACCGGUGGGCUACCAGAUCCUGUUGGCAUUGUCAAUGCAGAUGUUCGGUCUAGGUUUGGCUGGUCUAGCGUACAAAUAUAUUGUCGAGCCUCCACAGAUGAUCUGGCCAUCGACACUUGCAAACUGUGCCUUGUUUGAGACUCUGCAUAGUGGCGCUAAUCCGGUCGCUGACGGCUGGCGGAUAUCCCGAUAUCGAUUCUUUCUGUAUGUCCUCGUGGGCGGUUUCUGCUGGUAUUGGUUACCAGGUUUCCUGUUCACCGGUCUGAGUACAUUUGCAUUUAUUUGCUGGGCAGCACCAAACAAUAAGGUACUCAACAAUCUCUUCGGGAUGACAACGGGUCUUGGCUAUCUGCCUACCACGUUCGACUGGAGCCAGAUUGCAUACAACUCGUCACCAUUAGUUGUCCCUUUCUGGGCUCAAGCUAAUGUCUUUGCCGGAUGGCUCUGCAUAUAUGCUGUAGCCGCACCCAUUCUUUAUUAUACCGGCGUGUGGUAUACUUCCUACCUACCCCUCACAGGAUCGGACGCAUACGACAACACAGCGAGCAUCUACAAAUCCAGCCGGAUACUGAACGACAGGGGCGAAUUUGACGAGAAGAAGUACCAAUCGUAUAGUCCGCUAUAUCUUCCCGUGACCUUUUCCCUGUCAUACGGCGUAGGAUUUGCCGUUCUUAGUUGUCUCCUCACACAUGUCAUCCUGAAUCAUAGCAAGGAGAUUCUACAAACCUUCAAGGGAUCCAACAAGAAGGAUAUUCAUGCGAGACUGAUGUCUCAUUACCCCGAUGUGCAGUGGUGGUGGUAUGGCGGUAUGACAUUGAUUGUCAUAGCUGUAUCCAUCCUCGUUCAAUAUGUCUGGCAUACCGGGGUUCCAUUUUGGGGAAUCUUCUUAACAUUCGCCUUGGCGGCUGUCUACGUGAUUCCUGUGGGCACCGUCUACGCAGUCGCUAACCUGAACAGCAACGUUCUGACCGUCUUGGGGGAGAUAAUCUCCGGGUAUCUCUUGCAGGGGAAGCCUCUUGUCAUGUUGAUAUUCAAGUUCUACGCAUAUACCGGCCUGAGCCAAGCGAUGAUAUAUGCUGCCGAUAUGAAGCUGGCUUUGUACAUGAAGAUCCCUCGCCGGACCCUGUUCACAGCUCAGCUUAUUGCAUGCAUCCUUGGAUCCUUAACCCAAAAUGGCGUGCUCUUGUGGAUGCUGGGACAUGUGAAGGAUGUUUGUUCCAGCGAUCAGUCGGAUCAUUUCACCUGCCCGCAGGGUAGGGUCAAUUAUAAUAGUGCAAUUCUGUGGGGAGCCAUCGGCCCUGGUCGACUCUACAACAUUGGCAAGAUCUAUUCUGGCCUGCUGCAUAUGUUCUGGAUCGGUGCCUUGCUGCCGAUUAUCACGUUCUUAUUGCGCAAGAAGUUCCCUACUUCGAGAUUUCUGAACGCCGUCCACUGGCCCAUCUUUUUCGCUGGGACAGGAAACCUUCCUCCUGCUACUGGUAUCAACUAUUCCACCGCGUUCGUCGUCAGUCUUAUCUUUAACAAGAUAAUUAAGUCGCGAAAGCCUCACUGGUGGAGUAAAUACAAUUACGUUCUGUCUGCUGCGCUCGACUCGGGUGUUGCGACGUCCGCCAUUGUCAUUUUCUUCACCCUGGUUCUGCCUGGUGUUUCUCUGAAAUGGUGGGGAAAUAAUGUCAGCAGCAACACGGUCGAUGGAAAGGGGACACCGUGGAAGGAAUUGGGUGCUAAUCAGACGUUCGGGCCUUCUACAUGGUCUUAAUUUAUGAUACGUCAAUACGGCAAUAAGCAGAUAGGUUGUAAAGGAAGUUUUAGUUUGGCAUCCGUA